UCUCGUUCGGACUGUCGAAAAAUUUUGUCCAUCUGGUGAUCAGCCGUGCUUUCUGUGGGGCAUUCAAUGGGAGUAAUGGGGUCAUCAAAAGCAUGGUGAUGGACAUCACUGACACAACCAACUUGCCGAAGGCAUACAGCUAUAUGCCGCUCCCAUAGAUGUUGGGGACCUUAGUUGGACCACUCGUUGGUGGAUCGCUCUCCAGACCAGUGGACAGAUUCCCUGAGAUUUUUGGGCGAUCAAAACUCCUGACAACCUACCCAUACCUCUUACCAUGCGCCGUUCCAGCUAUAUUCGCCCUGGUGGCUUGGUUAGUCACGUAUUCUCGUUUCAAAGAGAGCGUUUCAACAAGGGCACCUUUUUGGGAGCUGAUUAAAGGAUGGCUCUUGCGACAGUCAUACGCAAAGCAUUUUCCGCCAUCGAGAAGUGCUCUGGCCAUUUCUGGAGUAGCAAACUCUGAAGAAGUUCCAUCAAAACCGCUGCCACUGUGCGCCUUGCUAACUCCAAAGGUCCUGACUGUAACAGCAAGUUAUGUCACCAUGGCUCUGUUUUACAUGGCAUUUAGUUCUGUUCUACCUGUUUUCUACUCGACGCCGAUUGAACUAGGUGGCCUUUCCCUUGACCCUCCCCAUAUUGGUGCUAUACUUGCGGUAUCAGGUGUUGCCCAUGGCGUAUUCCAGCUACUUUUCUACGCACGGCUACACGAUCGCUUCGGUGCAAGAGCCAUCCAUAUCGCUGGCGUUGGCUCCGGCGUACCUAUCAUCAUUUUAUUCCCUGUGAUCAACACGCUCGCUCGAGUCCAUGGCCUGGGUUGGGCAGUGUGGUUGUCUGUUGGCGUUCAAUUUUCGCUGGCAACUAGCUUGGUUAUGUGCUAUCCCUGCUUGGCAUUGUUUAUCAGAGCCGCCGCUCCCAAUCGCGCAUCGCUUGGAGCAACCAAUGGAAUUAUCCAGCUGGUUGUAGCAGGAGCAAGGAUCAUUGGCCCAGCAUCUGCAGCUUCGGUCUUCUCUUAUUCGAUACAGGAAGGUCAUGACGCGUGGUCGGUAUAUUACUACUUGAUGACAGUUGCAUUUCUCGCUGUAGGUACUUCUCUGUUGCUUCCCCGUGAUCCUAGUGUAUGGGAAGAUCACCAGUAGUAUCGUCACCAGCGACCUGCAUGUUGUUUGUUUUCAGCUUUGUUC